UGCUCGGAAACUCUUCACUCUUACUUUCCUCUCCAGACUUUGUCUCCCCUUUUCUUCCUCUCUGUAUUCCUAACACAAGAUAAACUCGGGAUUACACAUUCUGACGCUGAGGAGAAGAUGAAGUCCCACACGUUUUUCCUUGCCACCUGUGUGACCCUGCUCUCGCUGUGUCAUGCUACUCCGCUGUUCUACAACAUCUCCAUGGACGGCAGUGGGGAUGAAGCAGAGCUGGAGCUCCUUCCCAUCUCCUUCACCACUCGAGCCCCCGUUCUCAUCUCCGCUGCUACCGGACCCCCCAGCCUCACCGCCACCAUCACCAACACCAUCACCACCACCAUGAUCCGCCUGAAGGACUUUGUCUUCACCCGAGUGGUGGACUUCCUGCAGGAGCAUCUGCUCAUCAUCAUCGUGGUGACCUCUCUACUCAUCGUCAUGGUCUUCAUCAUCUGCUGUGCCUCUGCCAUGAGUCAGAAGCGUAAGCUGGAGACCUACAAACCCCUUCCUAACUCAAAAAAGAAGCUUGCGGCAAGCAAAACAAACGCACCCAAGAACUCCAGUGAGCCUGUGGAGAAGCCCUACGCCGUGGACCACGUCAAGAGGGUCCAGACUCAGAGCAUGGCUUCCCCCAAGACCCUGCGUCAGCCCUCCAAGGCUCUGGUGGGAGAGAGGGGGCGGGACGUCCGGUCGUCGCCUCGCCAGGAGGUGAGGAAGGUCCGGGAGGUCGAGGAGGUGGAAAAGCGCCAAGAGGAGCCCAAGCAGAAAGAGCAGCCGAGGCCCAGGGAGGAGGUGCAGCAGAGCCCCAGCACCAGCGCCGUCUGCACCGUCUGCACCUGCCACCUGAAGAAGGGUCACCACUAG